AUGAAGAAGUCAAUUGAUAUUGCUUCUGUGGUGAUUACUGGCUUGCAAAAAGGCUCUCAGCAUUCCACGGAGACGUUUGAGGAGCGUAUUGAGUUGCGCAAGGAUGUAUCUCUCGAAGAAUUAUGGACAAAUCUCGAAUCACUAGGGUAUCAGUCCCCUCAAUCGGUCACUGAUCUCAAAGGACGUUGUUGGACAAGAGACCAGACGAAGCAAUGCUUUCACGAUUAUAACGAGGUUGAGAUCGUUGCGGAUGAGAAAUCCGUGGGUGCGAAUCAAAUCCAUAUCAAUGAGUCGCUGAUUGCUUUCACAAACCGAGGGAACGACCUCAACUUUGGGCUAAAGAAACGUAACGGCAAAGCCCAAGGUAGCACUAAAACCACAUGCAACGUUCUUGAAAUUGGCAAUGCCCUCACAAUAAAGUUUCAUAGGACUGUGCGGAUGCCAGAUGAUGGAAAAAUGCAUCACCUUCCCGCAUCCCUAGGCCUUUUCCCAUUGUACAAUGUAAGUGAGUACACGAAUCGCUUGCAUCACAGCAUAGCCAAGGGCGGGGGUGUCUUCUUGCCUAUAUGGUCGCGGGAAGCGCUUUGGAUGAGCUUCCAUUCUGACGAGCGCAAGUUCGCGUUAAGAAUCUUUGCUGGACGCGUGAAUGUGAUUACUGGCAAGAUCAUGGAUAAAUCCGAAAAUCGUGAUCAGAGGUCCAGCAGUAGGCAAGACUACAUUGUGGUCCCUGGGCAGCCAUGGCUUGAUGGGAUUCAAGUUGAGGAGGGAGUUGUGCGUCAAUUUGUUGCUAUGCCUUUGGGCUUCGGAUACACAACUGAAGGUCAGAAAACCGGCAAGCAAAAGUAUGGCGGUCUUCAGAUUGAAGUAAUUCCCGAAUAUCAAAAAGGUCUAAGGAAAUGGCUACCUGAUAAUCUCACUGAUGCUUUUAUGACAAAUAUACUUGAUGGUACUCCUUACCACGGCCUUUCUGAGAUGAGCACACCUUUGGAACUCCACCUGCAACUUGGGCAAAAGAUCCGUUCUUAUCCCCCAUCACUGACGUUUGAAAAGCCUAUUGAGAUUGCCGAUCUUUUUGAUGCAGAUGAAAGAGAGGUGAAUCUUACAGUCACAAGUACAGAACAUUUUUCCCCAAUCCGAUGCGAUUCAGUGUCUCCUGCCAUCGGAACACCCCAUAUAAGACGUAAACUGAAGUCGUCAGCUAUGGGUUUGGCAGCGGGAGGAAAGCUAAUUCAAGAUAUCUACCGAGACCAUAACCCACCUGAGAUCUGGAACACGACUGCGACUCGUAUCAUCAAUGUCCAUCUUCUCGAUCCUGUGACUUGUGAAAGAGGUACGGGUGUUGUGCCUCCGCCACCACCAAUUGACACAGAAUUGUAUCUCAAAUCAAAUUUCCCAUUCUAUGUGGUCGAAGAACAAGCCGACAAUCGUCUUGAGGGAGGUGAGUUCGAUGAUUUCAAGUCCGUUGGUGCCCUAGACAAGGAAAUGGUACUGGCCAUUGAAUCAACCUUCGAUCCGAGCAAGCCAACGCGCUGCAGUGAGUGCAAGAUAAGGCUAUGCAAUUACAUAAUACGGCCCUGCAACCACACAUUUUGCAAAUCGUGUAUCAAGAAACUCAAGCAAGACAAUGGAUUGGCCGAGGUCUGGCAGUGCUCCAAGUGCCAGACCACCGUCUUGCAUGUGGCGGGAUUUUCGGCUCCAAUGAAUCUUCCUGGUGAGGAAUCUCUGCAGGUCAAUGCGCCUAUAAGCGUGCUGAAGGUUGAGGAUGGGCGUGUUGCGUUUCGGUCUGCACAGACUACCAGACUUUAG